AUGGGGGUACGAAAAGAAAUAGAAGAAAGAAAUGGAAGUGAAGAGGAUGUAGAGGGGAUACAGCAAAGGGAGGUUACUAUAGACAAGGAGAGGUGGAGAAUCAUAACGGUAUAUAAUAGAGAGGGGAGUAAGGACGAGUUAGAUAGAUUGAGAAAGGUGUUAAGGGAGAGGGAAGAAGGAAACAUGUUAAUAGCGGGAGAUUUUAAUGCAAGAACUGGUAGGGAGGGGGGAUGGUGUGUAAAAAGUGGGGAAGAAGAAGGAGGAAAAGGCAAAGAGCGGAGGUCGAGAGAUGGAGUGAUAAAUAAACAGGGAUAUGAGCUGAUUAAGGCAGUGGAGGAAAGGGGGUGGAUGAUACUAAAUGGGAGGAAAAGGGGGGAUGAAGAGGGAGAGUGGACGUACGAAAAAGCGGGUGGGAGAUCAGUGAUUGACUAUGGGAUUACAAACUUGGAGGCAGAAGAGAAAAUUAGGUCUUUCAAAAUAGGAUGCAGGAGAGAAUCAGAUCACUACCCAAUAAUGAUAGAGUUAGGAAAGGAAUAUAUAAGGGAGGAGAGGAAACAAAAGAGGGAGGCAGAGAUGAUACAGGAUUGGUCAAACGAGGGAGUAGAAUAUUUUAGGAGUAAUAUAGAGAAGAUAGAAUGGGAAAAGGAGGAUGUGAAAGGAGGAUGGGAAGAAUUGGAAGAAGGAGUGAAAAGAGCGGUUAAAAUGAAGAGGAGAGGGGGAAGAAAAGGGGUAGGAUGGGUUCUAUGGUGGGACAAGGAGUGUAGGGAGAAAAAGAAAGAGGUGAAUAGGGCAGGGAGAAAAUAUAGAAGGAGAAAGAUGGGAUAUAAUGAGUUUGUAGUAAAGAGACGGGAAUAUAGAGAAUUAUGUGAAAAGAAAGAAGCAGAACAGAGGAGAUUGGAGGAGGGAGAGAUAGAAAAGAUAACAACAGAAGCGCAGGCAUGGGAAUUUAUUAAUAGAGGAAGGAAGAAGAGGGAAGGAGUAAGUAAAGAGAUUAAAAUGCAGGAAUGGGAAGAGUAUUUUAUGAAAGCGUUAGAAGGAGUUAAAGAGAGAAGUGUAGGAGAGGGAGAAAAGGAAGGACGGAGAGUGGGGAGAAAGGAUGAAGAAGGAAUAAGACGAGAGGAAAUAAACAUAGAAAUAGAAAGAUUAAAGAAGGGUAAGGCGGCAGGGAUAGAUGGAAUAAGAAAUGAAGCAUGGAUGAAGGGGGGAGAUAAAGUAGGUAAAAAGCUGGAGGAGAUAUAUAGGAAAAUAUGGGAAGGGGAGGGUUUCCCGGACAAAUGGAGAACAGGGGUGGUAGUUCCAAUAUGGAAAAGGGGGGACAAAAAUGUGACAGAAAAUUAUAGGGGGGUUACGUUAACGAGCACCGCGUAUAAGAUAUAUGCGAAUAUUCUCAAUAGAAGGGUGAGGAAAGAGUUGGACGAAAAAAAGGAUGGGGUAGGACUCAAGCAAGAUUUAUAA